AGACGCGCUCCGCCGCCCCGGCGGCCUCCUCUCCCGGGCCUGGCUCCUAUGGGGCAGGAGGGAGCGGGGAGACCCUGGCCGCGCAGCCCGCGAACCGCCCCGCGCCCCUCGGCCCGGGCGGCCCCGGCAGCCUCGCGCGGGGGCCGCGGACUCGGCUCCGCUGCCAGGCGCGCCGGCGCGGGGUCGCAGCGCCCGGGCUGUCGCCGAGCCCGCUCCCGACAGAAUAACGUGCUCGGUUUCCCCACCCCUGGGAGGGGUUGCCGGGGCCGCCAGCUGCCUCCCAGUUUCCAUCGCUGUCUCCUGGGGAGGAUCCGGCGCCCGGAGGAAGGAUUAGAAUAAACCUGACCGAGGCGCAGAAGUGGUUUCCGAGGAAGCCGGCGCCGGGGCCGCCGCCUCGUGUCCCCUCGGGGCGCAGCGCUCGGGGGUCGGCGGGGCCGAUCGAGCCGCUGUGCGAGGGGGCGGGCGCGCGGCGAGCCGGGGAUCGGCCGGGCGGCCCCCUGAGCCCCGCGGGGCCCCGGAGCCUGUGCACGCGGGCUGGAAGCGACUGAGGACCGGCGCGGCGGGCUGCGGGCGAGCAGCGUCCCUCUAGGAAGGGGAUCGGGCUAUGACAGCUGGGCUCCCCAAAGGGUUAACCUGGGGGUCCUCGGCAAAGUUGUCGCCGACCCAGGAGCCCGCUUAGUGGCCGCGGCGCCGCGGCUCGGGGGGCGGCCGGGCGGCCGGCGGCGGUCGUGGCUCGGCGGGACCCGCGCGGCCGGGGGGCUUCUGGGGGUGUGCGCCCCCAGCCGGCUGCCCUCGUGGAUGCCUCCCGGCGGCGGCGGGCCCAUGAAAGACUGCGAGUACAGUCAGAUCAGCACCCACAGCUCCUCCCCCAUGGAGUCGCCCCACAAGAAGAAGAAAACCGCGGCCCGGAGGAAAUGGGAGGUUUUCCCGGGAAGAAACAAGUUCUUCUGCAACGGGAGGAUCAUGAUGGCCCGGCAGACGGGCGUCUUCUACCUGACUCUCAUCCUCAUCCUGGUCACUAGCGGACUCUUCUUCGCCUUCGACUGUCCAUAUCUAGCAGUGAAAAUCACUCCUGCCAUCCCCGUGGUCGGUGGCAUUCUGUUCUUCUUUGUGAUGGGGACCCUGCUUCGCACCAGCUUCAGUGACCCCGGAGUCCUUCCGCGAGCCACGCCUGAUGAAGCCGCCGACCUGGAAAGGCAAAUAGAUAUCGCCAACGGCACCAGUUCAGGGGGGUACCGCCCGCCUCCCAGAACCAAAGAAGUCAUCAUCAAUGGCCAGACUGUGAAACUUAAAUAUUGUUUCACCUGCAAGAUUUUCCGGCCCCCGCGUGCCUCUCAUUGUAGCCUUUGCGAUAACUGCGUAGAACGGUUUGAUCACCACUGUCCCUGGGUAGGCAACUGUGUGGGGAAAAGAAACUACAGAUUUUUUUAUAUGUUUAUUUUAUCUCUGUCUUUUCUGACAGUCUUUAUAUUUGCAUUCGUUAUCACGCACGUCAUCCUUCGUUCACAGCAAACAGGAUUCCUCAAUGCUCUGAAGGACAGUCCUGCGAGCGUGCUGGAGGCCGUGGUGUGCUUCUUCUCCGUCUGGUCCAUCGUGGGGCUCUCGGGUUUCCACACAUACCUGAUCAGCUCCAACCAGACGACGAAUGAAGAUAUUAAAGGCUCUUGGUCAAAUAAAAGAGGUAAAGAAAAUUACAAUCCCUACAGCUACGGGAAUAUCUUUACCAAUUGCUGUGUUGCCCUGUGCGGGCCCAUCUCUCCGAGCCUAAUUGACAGAAGAGGGUACAUCCUGCCUGACACGCCGCAGCCAGCCGCGCCCUCCAACGGGAUGGCCGCGUACGGGGCCACGCAGUCACAGAGCGACAUGUGCGACCAAGACCAGUGCAUUCAGAGCACCAAAUUCGUUUUGCAGGCCGCAGCCACGCCCCUGCUGCAGAGCGAGCCCAGCCUGACCAGCGAUGAGCUGCAUCUGCCCGGAAAGCCAGGCCUGGGCACGCCCUGUGCCAGCCUGACGCUCGGGCAGCCCACGCCGCCCUCUUCCAUGCCCAACCUCUCCGCCGAGGCCGUGCUCACAGACAUACUGCCCCUGAAAGAGGAGCACAUGGGCCACCAGUUCCUGACACCAGAGGAAGCACCCUCGCCGCCCAGGAUGCUGGCAGGCAGCCCCCUGGCGCACAGCCGCACCAUGCACGUCCUGGGCCUGGCCAGCCAGGACGCUCUGCAUGAAGACUCAGUGCGCGGCCUGGUGAAGCUCAGCUCUGUGUGACCGUGUGGCCCCAGCCCUGCGACUGCGGGCAGUGGGAGGGGGAGACAGGGCGCCCCCCACAGCAACUUUCUCAUGACCCAAUGGCAUGAUGGCGAGGACAACUCCAGGUCCUGAGGCACGGAGACCACACUGGAAGAGUAAAUGGAUUGCUCUCUGAUGGCAAAGGCGGGCAGGACCCAUGUGCUUACAGUUUGGUUUUACUGGAAUUUUCUUCCCCACCCUGACCGCUAUGAUAAUAAUGAAAAUAGUGAAGUAGCUAUUUUCAGGCGUUUGGAAU